GCCUGAUUCUGUGAUAUCUUCAAGAAACUUCAUUCUUGAAUUCGUGUGCCUCCCAGCUCGAAGCACUCUAAUAUCAAGUACUCUAAAACAUCCACAAGAAAUAUCUAUGAUUUGGUUAACGAGUCAGACGAGGCUGGGAACAAUUCGAUAGAGCAGUUCUUGCUGCUGUGUCUGCUCUAACAUUGUUCAUGUGAGAAACGUCUAGCAUGGAGGGUUUUAAUCCUGCCAGACUACCCCCAAGCGUACAUCUUGGCACGAGCACCGAAAUUUACUCGUAUCUGCGACUCCAAGAGGGGGAGAUCCGACUUCUCGAACUCUUUCCCAGCAAUGAAUUCGCAGACCAGAUUUUAUGUCACCUUCACCAUAUUCCAAUCGAUGAUCUCCCUGUUUACAAUGCCCUUUCGUAUGCAUGGGGCACCGAUUCGACAUCUCGACUACCCAUCUUCAUUGAUGGCAAAAGCCUGAUGGCAAUGCCAAACCUCGAAGCAUUUCUACGUCAGCAUCGUGAGGAUGAAGCUGGGAGUACCAACUCGAUACUCUGGAUCGAUGCCAUUUGCAUUAAUCAAGAUGAUCUUGCCGAACGUCGUCAACAAAUUGGCAUGAUGUGCAGGCUCUACAGCCGGUGCAGCAGACUCAUCGUUUGGCUCGGUGUCAGUGAUGACAAUAGCAAGGCGGCGAUCGCCUUGCUAAAAGUCACUGCCAAAGCUAAGAAAGAGGGCCCAGAGGCACUCUGUUCCUGGCGCAACACACUGGCUUCACGAUUCUUUGAACUUGGGGAAAAUUACCACCUACCUCUUUUCAAGUUCUUUUCGCGAGCUUGGUUCUCCCGUACGUGGAUAGUCCAAGAGUACGUCCUUGGAUGUACGAAUGACAUGGUUUUCAAAUGUGGAGGUCUCCACUUUCCCCAAGAAGAGUUGCAUGUAGUGCUUGACUUGAUUGCUUACAACUGGCCAGCCACAAAUUCCACUGGAGAUCCCAGCACCAUACCGAGGUUCGAGGAACGAGCCUCAGGCGGGAUUGUGUGGUAUGUUAGUGUGACCAAACUCCUAGCAAAUCGAAAGGUCUUUUCUAUGGCACUUGGAAAGGAGGAACCCAUAAGUCUCCUAUCCUGGCUCUCAGGGCUCCGCGAUACAAACGCAACCGAUCCUCGCGACAAAGUCUACGGAGCUCUCGGCCUUACAGAAAGCUUCGGCCAGAAUGAAUGUCCUAGAGUAUAUGAUGUCGAUGCAAUGAUAGUCGACUAUACCCAACCGGUUCAGGAUAUCUAUUCGAGUUUGGUCAAGUCACUCGUCAUUUGCACAAAGCGUAUUGAUGUACUCCUCGCAUGUUGCGAACGAAGCCACAACGUGCAAAGGUCCUGGACUCCAGAUUGGAGUAUCGGUGUCGCCUUUCCAGGGUUCGGAAGCUUCGAAUGUGGGACCGGUUGUACACUAUUCGACGACGAGUGGUACGAGUCCUCGGGAACGAGAGAUGCGCUGGUGGCAUUUGCUUCUAAUCUUUCCACAAUGACUGUUCGAGGCUUGGUGUGGGAUAUGGUUGAGACAUUUGCCCCAGAAUUUGGGAAAGGCACCACGGAGGAUAUCUCCUUCUUUAUCUCCUUCUUCCAAACGAAUUGGCACUCCUUGGUCAAUAAUCCGGCAUUUUCCUCGGAGAGAGAUUGUUUACAGAGACUAUGGCAGACUUUCCUUAUAUCAGUCGAGGGAAGUCUCGUCGAUUUGUGCUCUGAAGACGAAUUCAUCGCCCUUGGACUCAACGAGAUCAGCAAUCCUGACACUCAAAGUCUUCACAAACAAGAAUCAGAUGAAGAGUUUAUUUUACACACGCCUCGACUUUUGCAAGAGGUGGUCAACGAAAAUGGUAGGCGUGAGCGAUUGUUCCUGACCAGCAGGAACUUCAUCGGCAAAGAUUUUUCACGUCGACUUCAGCCUGGCGACCUGAUCUGCGUUCUCCUUGGCUGCCCUGUUCCUGUUGCUUUACGCAGAGUUGGGACACACUAUGAGUUCAUCCGCUCGGUCUAUCUUGACGGCAUCAUGCUCGGGGAGGCUCUGGAGGCUCUAGAGCGAGGAGAAGUGGAAUUGGAGGAUUUCGAGCUUCACUGAGGCUCAAUGGGAUUUAAGGAUUUGAGAAAAAUGCUCAGGAGGGAUGAUAGAGAGUGACUUAGUUGCUGCUUCUGGCUGUUCUAGAUAAGAGUCAUCCAUAUUCACUCAUUGACUCGGCGGCUAACUUGCUCGUUUCAACCAAGACGCUGUAAAUUGUUACCGUCUCUGGAAGAUGGUUUCGUAUGAAGAGUGUUCUUGUUCAGAUUGAUCUUAGCUAGAGUACAUCGUAAUUGUUUGGUGCUGGUAUUAGGCAAAGCGCUGUGAUUAGUUGGAUACUCUGCGGUUAUGUGGAGAGCAUGUGUACUGAAUUACAUAGAAGGGGAAAAUUCUAACGCUAUCCAAAGGUUAC